AACGCAGUGUGUAAGUAGUGAAUACUUAAGCAAAAAUAAAUUUUGUAGUUUUCAUGUCACUCUGUUGCGUGCUAAAAUCUAUCAACACAGUUGCUGAUGUGCACAACUAACAACUGUUUUACUUCAAUAGAGUUUGCCAGCCGUUAUUGAAACAAAAAGUUAUUCAGUGUAAAAACUAAAAAAGCAUUCUUUCAUUCUUUGAAAAAUACGUUCAGGAAUCCCUUCCCGAUGAAUCAACUCUUAGAAAAAAUUACGUGAAGGAUUGUUACGAGUCCGUUUUGCAGAAAAUUCGUUUAGAAAUAGGAGAAAGCCCCAUCUUUGUGUCCAUCGAUGAAACUACAGAUAAGGCAGGCCGCAGUGUAACCAAUGUUAUUGUUGGACCGUUGCGUGAAAGCGGACGCGGCUAUCUCUUGACGGUGGAGGUGUUGGAUAAGGAUUCCAACGUGAAAAAGUGUUGGUAUUUGUGACUGAUGCAGCACCCUACAUGAAGAAAAGUGCGUCAUCAUUGAAGCUGCUUUAUCCUAAUAUGAUUCAUAUCACCUGCGUCGCACGUGGCGUACACCGGGUCUGCGAAUCUCUACGCUCGAAGUACUCAGAUGUUGACGUCUUAAUUUCAAACUUAAAAAAAGUUUUCUUGAAAAGCCCAUUCAGGGUGGCAGUUUUCAAAGAAAUGGAACCCAAUCUUCCUCUGCCUCCUCAGCCGGUGAUAACUCGACGGGGCACAUGGCUAAUUGCAGCCGUAUAUUAUGCCGAAAACUAUGAUUGCAUCAAAAGAAUAAUUGACCAAAUAACGGACGAUGCAGCAUGUGUCAGUUUCUCGAAGCAAUUGUUGAGCAAAAAAUCGGUUCAGGGGAAUUUGAUAUAUAUAAAAUGCAAUUUUGGUUUUCUUUUAGAGGAAAAAGUUUUCGAACGUCUACAGAAAACAGGAACUCCAGUUGGUGAGGUAUUAAAUAUUUUGGAUAACAUUGAGAAGCGGCUUAUAGAAGCGCAGGGACCUAUUGCCAAAUUGGUGUUGGAAAAAUUCAAAGCCGUUUUCUCAGCUAACUUAGGCUUGGAGACAAUAAGGGUGUGGAUAAAAUUGUUAAGGGCGAGGCAAACGCCCUUAUUCCUGAUAAUAUGA